UCGGCCAUGGGCGAGCACCCCAGCCCCGGACCCGCAGUGGCCGCCUGCGCCGAGGCGGAACGCAUCGAGGAAUUGGAACCCGAGGCUGAGGAGCCACUGCCAGCGGCGCCGGAGGAUCACUGGAAAGUCCUGUUUGAUCAGUUUGACCCUGGGAACACAGGCUUCAUCAGCACAGGCAAGUUCCGGAGCCUUCUGGAGAGCCACAGCUCCGAGCUGGACCCACACAAGAGGGAGGUGCUUCUGGCUCUCGCCGACAGCCAAGCGGAUGGGCAGAUCUGUUAUCAGAACUUUGUCAACCUGAUGAGCAACAAAAGGUCCAACAGCUUCCGCCAGGCCAUCCUACAGGGGAACCGCAGGCUCUGCAGCAAAGCCCUGUUGGAGGAAAAGGGCCUGAACCUCUCUCAGCGACUGAUCCGACACGUGGCCUAUGAGACCCUGCCCCGGGAGAUUGACCGCAAGUGGUAUUACGACAGCUACACCUGCUGCCCCCCACCCUGGUUCAUGAUUACAGUCACACUGCUGGAGGUUGCCUUUUUCCUCUACAAUGGAGUGUCGCUGGAUCAAUUUGUGCUGCAGGUAACCCAUCCGCGUUACCUGAAGAAUGCACUGGUUUACCACCCGCAGCUCCGAGCACAGGCUUGGCGCUACCUGACAUACAUCUUCAUGCAUGCGGGGGUAGAACACCUGGGACUCAACGUGGUGCUGCAGCUGCUGGUGGGGGUGCCCCUGGAGAUGGUGCAUGGAGCCACCCGCAUCGGGCUGCUCUAUGUGGCCGGCGUUGUGGCAGGGUCCUUGGCGGUGUCUGUGGCUGACAUGACCGCGCCAGUCGUUGGCUCCUCUGGAGGGGUGUACGCACUUGUCUCUGCCCAUCUGGCCAACAUCGUGAUGAACUGGUCCGGCAUGAAGUGCCAGUUCAAGUUGCUACGGAUGGCUGUGGGCUUGAUCUGCAUGAGCAUGGAAUUUGGGCGGGCUGUGUGGCUCCGGUUCCACCCAUCGGCUUAUCCCCCGUGCCCUCACCCGAGCUUCGUGGCGCACCUGGGUGGCGUGGCCGUGGGUAUCACCCUGGGUGUGGUGGUCCUGAGGAACUAUGAGCAGAGGCUGCAAGACCAGUGGCUGUGGUGGAUUUUUGCGACCAUGUACGCCAUCUUCGUGCUGUUUGCCAUCUUCUGGAACAUCUUUGCCUACACGCUGCUGGAUUUAAAGUUGCCACCGCCCCCCUGAGGGACUCCAGGACCCAGGUGGGGGAGGGGAGAAAGAUGCAGCCCCAAGAGGACACCUCGGCAUUCUUUUUUUCUCGUCACCAGUUGUGUCAGGCUGGGAAGAGGACAAGAGACACUGAGCUGCUGUCAUUGUAGUGUUUACAUUUGGACAAUGAGGUGCUUUUCUCAAAGUUACCUGUCAGAGG